AAGCGACGCGAUCGCUAAAAUGUCGCUAAACUAACGCAUAAAAGUAAUAAACCUCCCCAAUUCAGAGGCUCUAAAGCAAUACUUAGUGCUUAGAAGUAGUUUUAGAAACUUAAAAAAAAAUACUUAGCAGUAACUUAUUUUUCGCUUAGUUUUCCCACUCGUUGUCGUGUCACGAUGUUAAAGAUGGGCCGAUCUAUGCUUCCUAUAUUAAUACUGACAACGGUAGCUCUCUCUUCGAGCGAUGUUCUUCCAAUAUUAUUUAACAAAGACUACAUACAACCGUAUAAUAACAAACAAGACGACAAUACAUUUAGUGAUAGAUAUGUUACAACCAACGACAUAUUUCACAGCAAAAGAACAUCUCAAGAUUAUUUAGCUCCUAUCAAAGAAAUAAACACGAUGUACCCUGAUACAAGUAACCAAGACGUCAAAGAUAUCAAUGAUAAUACGAAUAAAGAACAAAACUAUGAUGACGAAGGAUUCAGGAAAGAACAGUGGCAUAAUUAUCCAAGACAAUUGGAUCGACUCCACACUCGAUACAAAGAAAUAGGAGUCGAUAAACUAAAGUCCGAAAAAGACGACGCUGAAUCAAUGAAUAACUUUGAUGAUUUAACAACUGACGAAAUAAUAUUUGAUAAUGGAGAUGGAAAUCGUAAUAUUUAUGACACUAUAAUAGCGGCAACUAACCCCUUUUUAAUUCUGAAAGUACAACUAAGUUACUUACGAGACGAUAAAAACGACAAGAAUGAAGAUUUCAACUAUCCACCAUUAAUUUUUGAAAACAAUCAAGAGAAGAACGAAAGGAAUUAUAAUAAAGCUCUUUCUAUUCUUUCUGAUCCUGACACUAACGUAGUAAAAGUAAAGAGAGAAAAACCUAUCAAAAAUCAUGAUAAUGAAAUUUCCGAUGAAGAAUUAUUUGAAACUGAAAGUGGUAACUCCGAUAGGCGGACGGUUAAAAAGCGAAUAUUCUCUCUAUGGAGCCGACUACAGAGUCUAUCUCACAGGGGACACGAAUUGCACCACAGGCGACAUCUGCACGCAUUCUACGGAUCACCGGAUACGAAUAGAAACGGUAUCGUAACCGCACAAACAAGGGCUACGUUUAUACGACCACCCGGUUCACCGUUACGAUGGGGCUAAUGACACAAUCAUAUAAAUCUUAAUUGUAAACACCCGACACAAAGAAAUCAAAAAGUAAAUUAUGAAUGACCUUGAAAGCCAUAAAAAUCUUCAUAUAUAUACAUUUUU